AUGGCAUGGGACUUCCAAGCUGCGCAUCAUGGCGCGCACUUUCUGGAUGUGGGGCUUCUGGGUGCCCUUGGCGAACUUUGGUUUUUUCGAUCUCGGAAACUCGAUGGCAGAGCGAGGUCAGAUUCGCUGCAUCGUGCACGGGGUUAUCUCUCCAGUGCACUGAGCCAUGUGAUUGCUGACGGUGAUGCCGCAUCGAUUCAUAUCUGGCUGAAUCGAGUGCUGGAUGCUCAGGGCGACCUGGGUGCCUGUCGCGCAUGGGCAGAGAAGUGCGUAUCCUUGCAGAUUUUGUGGGAAGACCCGUACCAGCGUCCAGGGCAUUUCCUUCGUGGCUUGAGGUCGCAGCCGUGGUAUCCGUCUUCACAGUUCGAGCUUUGCAGACGAUUGGAGUCUGCCUACGAUGCAAUCAAAGCGGAGCUGCUGGCACUGUCAAACGUGCAAAACGACUGGAGCCGUGUCGGCGGUCGUGCGGUGCAUGAUGGAGGUUUAAUAGCGAGCGGAGAUUGGCAGGAAGUUAUCCUUCUUGGAGAUUCUGAACACUGCUUCGCCAACCGUUUGAGGUGUCCAGCUACAUCCGCCGUGUUAUCAUCCCGACCUGAAGUGGCAGAAUGCGCCCGACUUGGCGUAGGAGAAGCUCUUUUUUCCUUGCUGAAGCCGCACACAAGCCUUCGAACACACUGCGGGCCGACCAACAUGCGCUUGACAUGUCACUUGGGACUUGUGAUACCAGACGGAUGCCACAUCAUUGCAGGGAGCGGCCCACCUCGAACUUGGAAGGAGGGAGUCUGCACUGUGUUCGACGACUCCUACGAACAUUCGGUGGAGAACCGUUCCGAUGACAACCGCAUAGUAUUACUUGUGAACUUCUGGCAUCCUGAUAUUGAUCCGAACGAUUGGGCAAGGUUGGCCGCAUCAGGAAGUGGGUAG